ACAAAAUUAUCUAAGGAGAGAGAGAGAGAGAGAUCAAGAGAGAGAGAGAUAUGGGUUCACUUCCUCAUGUAGUAGAAGAUUGCAGUGGCAUUCUUCAACUCUAUAGUGACGGUUCAAUCUUCCGGUCCAAGGAAGAAGACAUAAACUUUCCGUUUCCGGUUCACGACGACGACUCGGUUCACUGGAAAGAUUCCCUUUUCGACCGCUCCCACGGCCUUAACCUCCGAAUCUACAAGCCGCGCGCCGCAGCCGCAGCCGCCGCCAUUAGUCUCCCCAUUGUCUUCUUCUUUCACGGCGGCGGCUUCUGCGUCGGCUCGCGCACGUGGCCCAACUGCCACAGCUGCUGCCUCCGCCUCUGCGCCGGGCUCCAGGCCGUCGUGGUGGCGCCGGACUAUCGGCUGGCUCCGGAGCACCGGCUCCCGGCGGCUAUGGACGACGCGUUUUGCGCCGUGAAGUGGGUCGCGGCGCAGGCGUUGACCGAUGCUUGGUUGAAAGAUGGGGUUGACUUUGACCGCGCUUUCGUCAUGGGUGACUCCUCCGGCGGCAACGUGGCUCACCAUUUGGCGGUUAGGCUCGGCGUUGGGUCGCCGGAGAUGGCGCCCGUUCGCGUUCGCGGCUACGUGAUGAUGGCGCCGUUCUUUGGCGGGACUGAAAGGACAAAGUCGGAAGCCGAAGGGCCGCCGGAGCCAUUCUUAAAUCUCGAAAUUCUCGACAGAUUCUGGAGGCUAUCACUACCUUUUGGGGGGACACCCGACCACCCAUUGGCAAACCCCUUUGGUCCUGCAAGCCCAUGCCUGGAGGCAGUGAAACUUGACCCGAUACUGGUUAUGGUUGGAAGCCAAGAAGUCCUAAAAGAUAGGGUGGAAAACUAUGCAAUGAAGUUGAAACAGCAAAAAAAGGAAGUUGAUUAUGUUGUUUUCCAAGGAAAACAACAUGGAUUCUUCACAAAUGAUCCAUUCUCAGAUGUGUCAACUCAAGUCUUGCAAGAACUGCAACAUUUCAUGAUGUCUAAAGUGUAAGGCUGACCAAUGCGCAUCAUCGAGUAGUGACUGUGGAUUUUCCUCGUCAAUUCUGAUCUCUUAUAAUCACCAUGGCCAUGGGCUUAAUUUGAGCUAGCUAGCUAGGUUUAGUAUGUAUGGUUAUGUUCGUAUAUAUAGUAAGUGGCUUUGUAGUUGAGAGCAAGACUUGUUGCAAGCAUGUGUGCAAUGGGCUCUCUAUCUCUCAUAUUUCUUCUGGUUUCCUUAUUUAAAAAAGUGUUUUUUUUUUUGGGUGUGGGAUUGCAUAGAGUUAUAAGAAUAGCUUGGUUUUAUUUUGUUUGAGUCAACAAGUGUAAUUUGUAAUAUCUUUUUCCAUUAUAUUAUUAGUAGUUUAUUUAAAUUUUAAUUUUGUA